AGCAGAUUGUAACAAAGGGGAAGUAGACCGCAAGUAGGAAGAGGAGCCGGGGAUAUCUACGCUGUUUUUUUAGGUGACGCAGCCGAGCACCGUGUACUGGGAUAUGGAAGAUGGCGAGUUUGGAGACAGCCGCGGAACACGAACGGAUCCUGCGGGAGAUUGAGAGCACCGAUACCAAUUGCAUUGGACCCACUCUACGGUCAGUGUACGACGGCCAGGAACAUGGCCUCUUCAUGGAGAAGCUGGAGGGGCGGAUCCGCAACCACGACCGCGAGAUCGAGAAGAUGUGCAACCACCACUUCCAGGGCUUCGUGGACUCCAUCACGGAGCUGCUCAAAGUGCGGGGGGAGGCGCAGAAACUCAAGAGUCAGGUGACGGAGACCAACCAGAGGCUGCAGAAUGAUGGGAAGGAGCUCCUGACGACGAUGGACGAGCUGAGGCAAUGCCGUCUGCAGCAGAGAAACAUCGCCACGUCCAUCGACAAACUGACCCACUGCCUGCCAGUCCUGGAGAUGUACAGCAGACUACAGGAGCAGAUGAGGCCAAAGAGAUACUACCCGGCGCUGCGGACCCUGGAGCAGCUGGAGCAGACCUGCCUGCCGCAGGCCGGCCAGUACCGCUUCUGCUCCAUCAUGGCGGAGAACAUCCCGUGCCUGCGCACGCAGAUCCGCGACGUCUCCAUGUCCGACCUCAAGGACUUCCUGGAGAGCAUCCGCAAGCACUCGGACAAGAUCGGAGAGACCGCCAUGAAGCAGGCGCAGCUGCAGCGGAGCUUGGACAGUACCCUUCCUCACCAGCAGAGGGCAGGCAGCGGACGGCGAGCCAGGAAGGAGGCCGGGCAGGUCACGGAGCUGGACGGUCAGGGCAGCAGCCCGCUGUCUGAACAGGACUCUGGGAUACUGGACGUGGAGGAUGAGGAGGACGACGAGGUGCCCGGAGCUCAAGAUCUGGUGGACUUCUCGCCGGUGUACCGCUGCCUCCACAUCUACACCGGGCUGGGCGCCCGGGACACGUUUGAGAGCUACUACAGGAAGCAGAGGAGGAAACAGGCACGCCUGGUCCUGCAGCCUCACUCUAACAUGCAUGAAACUCUGGACGGGUACAGAAGGUACUUCAAUCAAAUCGUGGGGUUCUUUGUGGUGGAGGACCACAUCCUCCACACAACCCAGGGCCUGGUGAACAGGGCCUACGUGGAGGAGCUGUGGGAGCUGGCCCUGUCCAAGACCAUCGCUGCUCUGAGAACGCACUCGUCUUAUUGCACUGAUCCUGACCUGGUUCUAGAUCUGAAGAACCUCAUUGUGCUCUUUGCCGACACUCUGCAGGGCUAUGGUUUCCCAGUCAACCAGCUGUUCGACAUGUUGCUGGAGAUCCGAGACCAGUAUGGAGAGAUUCUGCUCAAGAAGUGGAACCUGACCUUCAGGCAAAUCCUGGACCAGGACAACUACAGCCCCAUCCCCGUGGCGACGGAGGAGGAGUACAGGUGCAUCACGGGACAGUUCCCCUUCCAGGACCCCGAACUUGAAAAGAUGCCCUUCCCUAAGAAGUUACCCUUCUCUCAGUUUGUGCCCAAAGUCUACAGCCAACUGAAGGAGUUCAUCUAUGCCUGCCUCAAAUUCUCAGAGGACCUACACCUGAGCUCCACGGAGAUCGACGACAUGAUCCGCAAGUCCACCAACCUGCUGCUGACCCGAACCCUGAGCCACUGCCUCCAGUACGCCAUCAAGAAGAAGAACGUGGGCCUGGCGGAGCUGGUGCAGAUCAUCAUUAACACCACUCACCUGGAGCAGUCCUGUCAGUUCCUGGAGGGGUUCAUCUCCAACAUCACCAACGUGCCCCCCGACACCGCCAACGCCACCAAGCUCUACGGCACCUCCACCUUUAAGGAUGCACGCCAUGCUGCCGAGGCAGAGAUCUACACCAACCUGAACCAGAAGAUCGAUCAGUUCCUGCAGCUGGCCGAUUACGAUUGGAUGGCGGCGCAGGGGGGCGGGGAGGCCAGCGACUACCUCAGCGACCUCAUCGCUUUCCUCUGCAGCACCUUCGCCGUGUUCACACACCUGCCCGGUAAGGUGGCUCAGACGGCCUGCAUGUCUGCCUGUAAGCACCUCUCCACUUCGCUGCUGCAGCUGCUCCUGGAGGCUGAUGUCAGGCAGGUCUCCAUGGGGGCCCUGCAGCAGUUCAACGUGGACGUCAAGGAGUGCGAGCGGUUUGCCAGAGCCGGCCCGGUGCCUGGGUUCCAGGGAGACACACUGCUGCUGGCCUUCAUCGACUUGAGACAACUGCUGGACCUCUUCACCCAGUGGGACUGGUCCACUUACCUGGCGGACUACGGCCGUCCCACCUGCAAGUACCUGAGGGUCAACCCCCACACCGCCCUGGCACUGCUGGAGAAGAUUUCUCGCGCGAUGAGGGACACCAGUCGAAAGAACAACGUGUUCGCCCAGUUCCGCAAGAACGAGCGGGACAAGCAGAAGCUCAUCGACACCGUGGUCAAGCAGCUGAGGAACCUCAUCUCCGCCCACCAGUCCUAAGCCCCGCCUCGCUUAGCUGACUGUAGCCACGCCCCCCCCCCCCCCCCCCCCCCGUAGUUCUAAUCUACCGCUUCGUCCUAGGGACGCUCGCGUGACCAGAAGAAACCGGCUGAGCCCAAACACUCCCGCUACGGGGAACCCUUCACCGCCCCCCCCUCCCCCCACUCCCCUCGCCCCAAACACGGCCACUGCAAAAAAGCCACAUCCAAAACCGCACCCCUCCUUAACACCGACGUCCUCUGUGCUUCCUGUCUGACAGUGGUUCCCCCGCUGAACUUCUGCCUUCUGUAGCACAGAGGGAGGAACCUAGCGUAUCUUCGCUAAGCAAAGCUGCACAGCCAAUCAAGCGCGGGGCUGAAUGAACUGCACGCGUCUCUCACGGCAACUCUGGCUCCGACACGGCUUCCUUCCUGCUUACCCGCGCACUGAGAGGGCCCUGCAGAGAGGCGGACCGCAGGUCACCUGUCCGUCUUCCCCUGUGCCGAUUUGCCGAGCAGCUCUCAGUCAGACUGUACUUUGCUGGAUUUGACGGCGCGUUAUGUUUAAAAAGUGGACUGACAAGACCGCACGAGCUGUAUGGUCGUCAUAGCUACUGCGCACCCAGCGGUAACCUGAGUAACUGGAAAUGGCUUCGACCGUACGAACGGACGGUAGGCCGCGUCGGUGGCUGAGGCCACCCGUAAGCCCCCUCCUGUGCUGCGCUCCGACGUUUGAGCCCGCGAUCUGCGCUUCCACCCCCCGGGUCAGUGCCCUCCUCCGCCCGCGUGACCCGCCAGCGCUGUGGGAAGCCCGGGUCUGUGGCGGGUGGCGGGGUUCCCUCGGGUCUCUUUAGCGGAGCGGGGCUGUAUGCGGGCCCUGCCGAGAGGAACACGGACAAGCAGCUACGGCCUGACCCAUGACCCAUGACCUUUGACCUUGUGUAUGACUUCUGAGAGAUCCUGCAGUAACGGCUGAUAUCUCCUCUCACCCCCCCACCCCUAUGAAUGCAACGGCCCCACCUGCUGAUCUGCUGGCAGCCCCUCGACCCCCCCCAGCAGCGGGUUGAGGAUUAACCACGCACCUACCCCCCACCCCCAACCCCCCGCCCCCCCCCGCAGGCUCUGCUCCUGGGGUCCCGAUACCAAAGACUGUCGUUCCUGGAAGGGUUCUCCGAAUUUGGGCAGAGAGGGGGAAGUGGGCGGGGAGGGGGUGGGAUGAGGAGGACAGUCUUCACUGGGGGGGGUGGGGUGGGGGGCGGAGUCAUGAGUGUGCCUUCUGACUACAGCCUUUGGGUCUUCUCAUCAAAACUAUCUACAAAGUCUGCCCUCCUCCAAUCAUGCUGUACGUGGUCAUUACAUGUCUGUUGAUGCUCUUAGGUCUUCCAAUCUUUAUGACUCACUAGGGGGUCUCAAUCUAUGUGUACACUUAUAAGCACAGCUAAAAAAAGAAAUCACUCUAAGUAUUUAAUGAUCUAAAUCCUCCAUUUGUUAUUGUCAUGUUAAUGUGGGUGCAAUACAGUUUUAUUAAAGGGAGGGGUGCUUGGGGGCGGGUGGAUUGCGUUUAGGUUUAGUUUAGUUUUUCUGGGUGAGGGAGAGCUUGGUGUGUGUGUGUGUGUGUGUUGAAGAGGGGAAAGCAAAAAUUUUCUGGGUGAGGGAGAGCUUGGUGUAUGGUCUGUGGUGUGUGUAUGGGUGUGUGCGCGUGUGUGUGUUGAAGAGGGAAAACUGACGCGCUUUUAUCUUGGGCCGACUGUGCUCUGUGCCGCCUGUGCAGUGUGCGUGUUCCGCUCUCGCUUAAAGGGAUUGCUCUGAAUUAAAGGCACAGAUUUUGAUCACACGGACAAAAAAAGGGAAAAAGGACCUCCACUGUCACCCCAGUCUUCCUCGAGGAAUAGCCGUAAGGUGGAGAAUAUGUUGCCAUGUUAGCGUUUCUUUUUAUAUGUGUGUGUGCGUGUCCGUGUGUGUGUGUGGGCGCGCGUGCCUGUAUGUGUGCGCGCGUGCGUGCGCACGUGCGUAUUAAUCCGUCUGCAGGUAGCCAUGUUUCAGAAGUGUCUGCGGUUGGAUGAACUUGUGGACGUGCCUUGACUUUAUUAUAUUUUUUGUUUGUUUUGUUUAAAUGGUCAUUUUUUUUCUUGCCUGCUGGUGAGUUUGUCGUGCUGCGGCUGGUCUCAGGUCGGUGGCAGCGCCAGGGAAACGGGCCGCCGCCCCUUCCCGGUCCGCUGCGCCGGACCUGGGGGGGGGGGGGGGGGGGUCCGGCCCGAGCCAAUCCCAAAAGCAGAAGCCGAAAAAGGACCUGCGGACAAUAAGUGCCACGGAAGACUGCUGGGUGUUUCACGUCUGCCCACAGGGACGGGGCGCACUGUACAGUUUGUGUUACAUUAAACCACUAAUGACCUUGGGCUAUUACAAUACUAAUGAAGCUGAGGCAAACACGGAUCAAUAAUAAAUAAAGAAACAGACGAAAGAUGUCAAAAAAA